AUGGCUUCAGCAGUAACAGAUCUCGAGACUGGCCUUCAGGCUAUGCUAAACCUUAAGCCGCCUGGCGUCUCUGGUUCUCGCAUCACCAGUUUGACUUCGCUUUGCGUUACCAAUAUUCAGUCUGAAUCCGUCCUCAUUCAAAAAAUUUACACCCAUUUCAAAAAGACUCCGGGAACCCAUAAGCUUGGCGUUCUCUACGUCGUAGACUCAGUAACCCGAAAAUGGCUCGAGCAAGCCAAGGCACAAGGCCAACCCAUAAACAGUUCUGCCCCCGAUGGCACAUAUGCUGCUGGAGUGCACCGAGUAACCGAGCUGAUGCCCGUAUUGAUGAAUGAUAUUAGUCAAUCCGCCCCGGAAGAUCAAAAGGAAAAAAUAAAGAAGCUGCUCGAUAUCUGGGAAAAGGGACAGACUUUCCCUCCAUCUAUGCUCGCAUCCUUCAGACAAGGCCUUAGCUCGCCUGCCCAAGCCAAAACCUCAACAACCCCUCCUGGUAGCCCUCCACCGAACGUGAUGGCAUCGCUGCAAGGUCGACCAGCAUCUAGUGCUGCCUCGGCUCCUGCUCCUGCCGCUGCCAACGGCUCGUCCAUCCUAGAGGCUCUAGCCAAAAUUGCCCGUCAAAACACCACACCUAACGGCGCCGCUGGCUCGGCUGCUCCUAGUAAUGGCGCUCUGCCCACUCCAGCUGCAUCGUAUAGCAUGCCGGCUUCUGCCUUGCCGCAGCCCGUGUCCUCGUCACACGCGCCCUCGUCAUAUCCUGCUGCCUCACAGCCAGUAAAUGCGUCCCCUGCGCCCUUUAAUCUGGCUCAGAUGCUAGGACAAAGUGCACCGGCUCAAGCAAUGUCUUUGAAUGCCGCUCCCCAGAUGCCUAAUGCUCCUGCUGCAGCCGUUGGCGGCAUGGACCCCAACACUCAGCAACAGAUCAUGCUCAUCAAGCUUCUGGCUGAUCAGGGUGUGCCAUUUGAUAAAAUUCCUGCUUUGAUCCAGAGUAUGACUGGCGGAGGUGUGGCUGCUCAGCCUGCACCCGCUCCCGCUGUCCAAGGGUCCUUUCCUGCCCAGCCGGCUUGGGGAGCGCCCUCCAACGGCCCUUCGCGUGAUGAGCCUCGCGAUCGCGGAUAUGGCGACGUUGGCAGAUCUCCCCAGGGGUUUCGCGGUGGUCGAUCCCGCUCCAGGUCUCCCGAUCGAUGGGGUCAGCGCGGCUCUCCGCGUGGUGGACGUGACUUUGGCGGCCGCAACAGCCCUGCCCGUGGCCGUCACGAUGACAACAGAGAUCGCAACGGGCGCAGGGGAGCUGAUUUCCGCCAGCGCAGCCCUCCUGGUCGUCGUGGUCGAUCUCCGUCACCAGGCAACCUACCGCACGUCGACAGAUGGGUCGAGUAUGAUUCUACCCUUCCUCCCAACUCUAUCCGCGUCCUCAGUCGCACGCUUUUCGUUGGAGGUGUGACCUGUCCUGAAGCCGAACUGCGUGCUAUCUUUGGCCGCUAUGGCACCGUGCAGACUUGUAUAGUCAACAAGGACAAGAGACACGCCUUUGUUAAGAUGCUGACCCGGAAGGAUGCUGAGCUUGCCAAGUCUAGUAUGGAGGACAACAGACACCUGGACAUUCCUCUUCGCACACGAUGGGGAGUUGGUUUCGGCCCCAGGGAUUGCAGCGACUACGCUACUGGAGUCAGCAUCAUCCCGAUCUCCAAACUGACGGAAGCCGAUCGCAAGUGGAUGCUAACUGCACCGUACGGUGGCAGUGGCGGGCAACCCAUUGAACCCGGUCUUUCCGUCGAGGAACCGGAUAUCGAGAUUGGUGCCGGUGUUUCGUCUAAGGCCAUCAGCCGACGCAUGCAGACCGACAAGGGCGGCCAGAACGGUCCCAAGUCCACGCGCCAGCGCGACGACGAUUGGCGCCAUGACGACACCGGCGGUCACCAGCGUAGCGGGAACGACCGCGGUUCUGGACCCAACAACCAGGCUCAGGGUGGUCAGAUGCCCGGGUUUCCAUUCGGAGUUGGCACGUUGCCCAACGGCAUGCCUAACUUUCCUCAGGGCUUUCAGUUCCCGCAAUAA